AUUUUCAGAAAACGUUGAUUCAUAUCUCAUUUGUCAUUGGAAUCCGCGAUUCCGACGACAUCUAAGCAACAUUGCUUAGCCGCCCUGGAUGCGGUCGGGCGGCCGAAGACCACCAGGACGACGGCGCGAAAUUCAAAAAUUCCUCGAACUUUCAAAAAAAUGUCGCCUUUUUACGAUGCUCAUUCUCCUUCUAACUAUGAUCCAGCCAACUUCGAGCCUAACAUGCCUGACUUGUAUGUACACAUCAUCUACAACACAAUUAGACAAUUUUCGUGUCUCAACACGCUUGUCACGCCCACAAUGCUCAAUGGAGCCCAUAAAAUGCGAUCGAGAUCAAGACGUGUGUGUCACAAUCACAAUGCACGUUGGAGGCGGCGACUAUUGGAUGGGAGCCGGAUGCGAUCGACGUGUCAAUUUUCAACACAUGAGCUGUCAAAACGUUCGAACAAUGUCAAGAAAUGUGCAGCUAGGAUAUGUUCAAGAACGACGAGCAAUGCAACGUGUAUGCGUGUGUGCUCGUGAUCUAUGCAAUCAACACUCGAACCCAUUCCAAUUGCCCGUGAUUCUCAUAUUCCUACUGUCGUUUCUCUUCAUCUUCCAGUUAUAGUCAACUACAUCAUCAAUCUGAAUUCUUAUCACUGCAUCCAUAUGCUUUUUCAGUUUCCAGAAUCCUUGAUCUCCACCGUCAUCCAACUCAAUUUCAUUCCAAAUUUCAAAAAACGUAGUCUUAAAAUGCCACCGCCGCUUUUCAAGACCAAUGCCAAAACUCCAAAACUUACACGCUUUCGAUGAUCCAUCCAUCAACAAGCAAAGAUGUUCACCAUUCUCCUUCGAGCAGCUGGUAGAGUGACAUCGUAUUGAGCAGCAGCUACAGGCAUCUGAAACUAUGUGAAUAUUAGACUGUCAAUAGGAAAAGCUCAUCAGGGAAAUCUCAUCACAUCCGUCAUUCUUUCAGUCUUCUCAUUCACACAUCAGAUUGAUUCCUCAAAAAUCGACUCGACACAAAAAAUAAACUAAUUUUCAAAUUUUAACCAAAUUUCGUGAUUUUCUGUGAUAUUCCAUGUAUUUUUAUAGUGAAUAAAUCAAUACCGAUUC